UUAGAUGUCAACAAGAUGUCAACGAACGUCAUCGGUCAGCUAUUCAAUUGCGCUAAAUCAUAAAAUUUAAAUUGUUUACAUUUUUAAACAAUAAUAGAUAGUACAAAGGCGUACUUGUUGUAAUAAUUGUAAUAUUUAACUUCAAAUAUAGAUUCCUAUUCAGUUAAUAUGCGAUAGCCUAGUAUUGCGGUUGUGUUUCUGUGCUUUCAGUAAACAAUGAAGGUGUUUUUCAUAAUAUUAUUUGUGUCCGUAACAUCGGCAUCGGAGGAAAGUCGUGUAAAUCCUGGCUAUAAUUGCGCUUAUUGCCAGCCAGAACAAGUUCAUAUUGCCUUUGGUGAAAAAAGCAACGACAUAGUGGUAACAUGGACGACGUUCAACAACACGCACGAGUCGCGCGUGCAGUACGGUCAAGGGAUCAUGGACCAGGAGGCUGUCGGCACUCGUACUCGGUUCACAGACGGGGGACCUUGGAAACGCUUCAUGUGGAUACAUAGGGUCACGCUUAAGGACCUUAAGUUUGAUACUAGAUAUGAGUACCACGCCGGGUCGAGUUACGGUUGGUCGGAGUUGUUCUCCUUCAAAACUCCUCCCGAGGGAGAGAAGUGGGUGGUACGCGCUGCUAUAUACGGCGACAUGGGAAACAAAAAUGCGCAUUCUCUAUCGUACCUCCAAGACGAAGCCCAGCGCGAUCACUUCGACGUGAUACUCCACGUGGGUGACUUCGCCUACGACAUGGACACGGACAACGCGCUGGUUGGGGACGAGUUCAUGAGGCAGAUACAACCGUUGGCCGCAACUGUGCCAUAUAUGACCUGCCCUGGGAACCACGAAGCGGCUUAUAACUUCAGCAACUACCGCAACCGCUUCUCGAUGCCGGGCCACGAGAGCCUGUUCUACAGUUUCGACCUGGGUCCCGUACAUUUCAUAUCAAUUUCCACGGAAUUCUACUAUUUCCUCGAGUACGGCCUUAAGUUGGUCGCUGAACAGUUUGACUGGCUGCAGAGGGACUUGGAAAUGGCUAAUACAGCUGAAAACAGGUCGAAACGGCCGUGGAUCAUAGUGUACGGCCAUAGACCGAUGUACUGUAGUAACAGUGGGGACGAUUGCUGGAACAAUUACCUGCCCAACCGCGUGGGGCUGCCGGCUUAUGGGUUUGGUCUAGAGCCACUUCUAAAAGACUACGGCGUGGACGUGGUGGUGUGGGCGCACGAGCACUCGUACGAGCGCACUUGGCCGCUCUACGACCAGAAGGUGUAUAACGGCACUACACACCCUUAUGUUAACCCGAGUGCGCCGGUGCAUUUAGUCACGGGCUCUGCGGGCUGCCAGGAAGGGAGAGACCACUUCAAACAUUCGGCUGCUAGCUGGUCAGCGUUCCGUUCUCAAGAUUAUGGUUAUACAAAGUUUAAAGCCUAUAAUGCAACGCAUUUGAACUUUGAGCAGGUAUCAGUAGAUCUUGGAGGAAUAGUUAUCGACCACUUUUGGUUGAUAAAAUACAACACGACUGCAGCGACACACACAAAUCCCUAAAUAGAUAAUCCCUGAAAAUUCACAGUUUCAUUGUGCACAACGCGACGAAAUGGUCUCAAUUUGCAUAUAGAAUCGGGUUAAAAUCGUAUGUGACACACUGAAUUAUAGUGCAACAAUCUU